UUCUGUCUUUACUAGCCGCUUCAUUCGGGUCUUCUCCUCUUCUACCUGCCGCACCACCCAAUUCUACUGCAAUGGAUACUCAAGUGAAGUAUGCUAAGGUUGAGAAAAUUGUUGGGCGCACUGGUUCAAGAGGACAGGUGACUCAAGUUAGAGUGAGUUUUAUGGAUGAUCCGACCCGUCGCAUUAUGAGGAAUGUGAAAGGACCUGUCAGAGUGGAUGAUGUCCUCACCCUAUUGGAGUCUGAAAGAGAAGCAAGGAGAUUGCGUUAGAGUAAUAAUAUAUUCAAUGUCUGUUGCUGGAUUUAAUAAUAAAUCAUUGGUUUUUUGGGGUAUUUAUUACUAGUAUGUGGCCAAUCUUAUUGUGAAACACUUAUAUUCUGCACUUUGUUAUGAAUUGAUCUUUUAUUUGGCCAAGUGGUCAGGCUUUGAGCCAACCUUUGAUUAGACUCCAUUAUAAUGAUUUGCAUUUUGGUUUGUUAUAA